GACAGUAGCCAACCAACGACCCGGGCCGGCCGCGAGAUCUGUCACUACGAGGCAGAGUAUGCCGGUAUGGCAGAACACCGCCUUAGGCCUACGUUGAGGCUCGAGCUAGAGGUACCAGAAGCACGGAGGAGGUAUCGUGAAUGUGUGUGA